AUGUCUCAAGAUUUGACGCAUACGGUGGAAGAGAUCGAGCGGAUCGUGACUGCUCCCUACGCCCCAUCGCUGCAGGAUCUAUAUGAGCUGGUCCAGAGUAGGAGUUCCUCGACAAUCAAUUGUUGGGCGCUUCAAAAGCCUUGCCAAAUUGGAUUGUUGGCCGAUGUACUGGUAGAAAGUCUGUCGCGGUCGCGAAUCGCUCUUCCACUACUUUCUACCUUUGCUUCCGAUAUCACCUUCAGAAAUGCUGUCUUACUCCGUCAUCCAGUAAUUCUGGAUGCUCUUCUAGAAAAAGCUGUUGAUGGUGGUGAAUCUGAGUAUCAGCUGGCAUGCAUCUCUUUGCUCUCCAAUCCCUUGCCAGCAGGGCUUGUGCCCCCUGCUCGACUUGCCAACCUUAUCACAUGUCUUGUCUCCGCUAUGGCCCGCGACCCAAGCGCAGAUACGAUCGCACCAUUACAUACCUUGAUGAAUGGACUUCAAGGGUGCUCACUCCUUCGGUAUGAUGUUCCGACUGAGGUCAUGUCUAAUAUGCAGGUGGAGUUCACGAAAACUCUGCGCAACCUGGAUGACCAUAUGGGCAACCUCUUGUGUCUCGCAACAUUUGCACGCAUUGCAUCGAUUCGAAAUGAUGGGUUUACUAAUAAACACGGACCAGGAGACCCAUCGUGGCUUCUUAAUAUUCGGCACUUCUUCGGACCAAAGCGUGGUCUCAAAACAUUGGACUUGGUCGUUCUCCGGGUCAUUCUUGCCUGCUCGUCGAACUGUAACAACUUGACACCGCCGCAAGCAGCUGAAAGUAUUCGCCUGGCCAUUUGUAUUGCCGAAGCUAUUGAGCCGGAGCAGAAACAGGCUUGGAUAGCUGGAAACUCGUCCAAGGUUGCUAAGCUGUGUGAAAAGGUUGCUCGAGAUGGGCUGGAUCGGGAGAUCCAGAUGAUGGGACUUGCCUUUUUGUUAUCUCUUCUCCCUGCAGCACAUCUUCCUUGUCAUAUUCGAGAACUUGGAUUGCAUGUUCUUAUAUCAAAGGGGAGUAGAGGCGUGAUGGGGGUCAUGCCACCACAUCUUAUUCAACGUAUGGCGGAAUCGCUGGCUUGCUCUGAGAAAUCAGCCGUCUAUCAUCUCCUAAGAUUCAUUUUUGAAGUUGUCCAAGAGGGUGAUCUACCCGGUCGGAACUCACUGUCUGAUCUGCACUUAGCCAAUUUGAUUCUUGCAGGUUUUCAGAGAUCCCAAUCCCCAGUGUUAAUUGAUGCUCUUCUGGACUCGGUUUCUACUAAAAAUUCCAUCCUCGGUUUGCUUGGCAAUUUUCCAGCCAAGCCUAACCCUACUCAGUGCCAGGGACUAGAAGCUUGCUCUUGUGCUAAGACUGGACUGCAGAACCAGCUUCUGAUCAAUCUGUUCGAUGUUUAUUUUGCUGCUGUGCUUUCAAAGGGUGGGAAUAACAGAGAGAUUCUCGUUUUGAAGUCUUUCAUUGAGCAUGCUGGGAAGACAUUCACUGGCGAUGCCUGUCCAUUCUCCACGUCUGAUCUGAGGAAUUUCCGAUGUUCAGUAUCAUUGAGGAACAGACAGGACUUUUCAACAACGGAGUAUCCAGUUCGGGAUUGGCGAUCUGGUAUCAAUGAGGCAUUGAUGCAAAAUGCCCAAAGUACCAGCGCGAGCAUGGUGAAGAAGAUCGAGGAUACUUGUAUCGAUUUGGAACGUCGCUGUUAUGAUGUCGAAAGACCUUUGCGUUUCGCAGAAGAAGAGCGCGACCGUCACAUUUUGGAAGCCAAACAGCUCAAACAACAGAAUCAGGAUCUGGAAAAGCAACUGGAACAUUCGUUUAAUGGUAUUUCGGAUCUUCAGCAAAGUUUUGCUCGUCUCGAGGGACAAGCUGAAAACGCUUGUGUCCGUGCCGAAGAGAUGUCUGCCGCUCUGGAAUGUGCACGGCAAGAGCUCGAUCAGCAGCGACGCCUCUCUGAAGAAGCUCUCCACCGUGAACAAGAAAACUCUUUUGUCCGUAUUCAAGAAUUGUCUGCUGCUCUCAACUCUGCACGGCAGGAACUUGAGGAGCAGCGACUUCGUUCCACGGAAUUAACCCACCGAGAACAAGAAAGCGCCCGAGAUCGAGAAUUAGACUUGCUUGCAACUUGCACUGAGAAAGACGAUCAGCUCGAAGAGCAACAGGAAAAGCUCAAGCACCUCCAGUCUGAGGUUCGGCAAAUGCAGCAGGCCUUGGAAGAAUAUUCCAGAGAACAAGCCACAUCAAAUCAGAAAUCCGUCUCUUUGCUUAGGGAGCUUGCGGAAACUAAUGCUUUGUUUGAAGACAACAAGGCUCUUUGCUGCGAGAAAGAGCAUGAAAUCCAACGUCUUUUGGCGGAGACUGAAAACAUGCAGAUGGAGAUCGACAACAUGAAAAUAAUGAUCGAUGAGCAGAAUAUGGAAUCCAAGAAGCUCUGCUUUGCAUUGGAAGGAGCAGAAGAAGAGUUGCGGCUUAAACUAGAAGCCACGAAACAAGAACAUGAAAUAGAGCUUUCGAGAGCCACAUCAGAGGUCCAAGCCCACAAGGAGGAGAUCGGUCGACUGCAUACGGCAAUGCAGCUCGCCGCUCAAAAUGCGUCUAAGGAACACCACUCAAAAGACAAACGUAUCCACUUGUUAGAGAAGAAGAUUCAAUCUCUUCGAGACGAGCGAGCCAGCAAAGCUCGCGAAUUUUCCGAGGCACAGCAACACAUCGGCAGACUCAUGAACGUCAUGGGAUUCACAGCUAAACCAAUGGAACCACCUGUUUCUACCCAAGAUCAAGGAGCUGAAAGUACAGAGCGAAGACACUCAAAAAAUGUGCGCGAGUCUGCAUAUGACGAUGACGAGAGCCAGCUAGCUGAGUCCUUCGAUGGACUGGCUUCUAAUGUCCUGGGUCCCAGCCCCAAACGGCCAAAGGCCAAUCGGCUCUCAAUAAAUCAGGGAAUCCUGCAACCACCCAAGACUCCCGCUAACGGGUCUUCUAAACAGAGCUGUCCGGACUCUAUUAAACAAUGUGCUCGUCAACCCCUUGGACCAAGGGACUGUAAUAGUCCCCGCAAAUUGCAGUCGAGCCAGGCUUCUAAACAGGGCCAAUACUCUGCGAACCAUCUGCAGGGUAUUGAUUUGGAUAUGGAUUUGGAGUUCUCGAAGGACUUUCUUUUCAGCAGCACGGCCUUUUCUGGAUCGAAUGACCAAAUCGGUCAGCAAUGA